UUUAUCAGGUAUUGUUUUACGAUUUAUUCAAAGAAUUGUUGAAAUUCAAGACUGUGAUUAUUGUGAUUUAUUACAAAAUUAAUAAUGUAUAAAAUAUUCGGUAUUGAAUUUGCACCAAUAAAUAUACCAUUAGAACGUCGCUUACAAACAAUUGCAGCAGCAUUUUGGUUAUUUUCAUGUGUUGGCUUUAAUUUUCUAUUUUGUGGUAUUGGAUUGUUUAUGUUAACAACAAAAUAUUAUUGGAUUAUAAUAUUGUAUGGAUUUUGGUAUUAUUAUGAUUUAGAUUGCGGAGAAAAUGGCGGUCGAAGUUCAAAAUGGUGUCGAAACUGGACAAUAUGGUCCUAUUUUCGAGAUUACUUUCCAAUAAAGUUAGUUAAACUUGAUGAAUGUGUAGUGGAUCCAAAACGAAAUUACAUGUUCUGUUACCAUCCUCAUGGAGUUUUAGCAACGGGAUUUUUUGGAUCAUUUGCUACUGAUGUUUGUGGUUUUCCUGAAUUGUUUCCUGGUUUUAAAUCGCAUCCAUUAACAUUAGAUUCACAUUUUAAAACGCCAUUCUUUCGUGAUUAUGUUUUGGCAUUAGGCGCGUGUACUUCAUCCAAAAAAAGUAUUAAUUGUAUUUUAAGUAAACCGGAAGGUGGGAAUAUUGUUGCAUUAGCAGUAGGUGGAGCUGAAGAAUCAUUUUACUGCCGACCUGGUGAAUAUAAAAUUAUUCUGAAGAAACGUAAAGGUUUUAUUCGAUUGGCACUUCGUAAUGGUGCACCACUAGUUCCAGUAUUUUCGUUUGGUGAAACUGAUAUAUAUUCACAAGUAUCAAAUCCUGAUGGUUCAUUAUUACGCUGGCUACAAAAUCAAUUCAAAAACUUAACAGGUAUUGCACCAAUUAUUCCUAUUGGUCGUGGAUUUUUCCAAUACAAUGUUGGAUUGGUACCAAAAAGACAUCCGAUAACUGUCGUUGUUGGAAAACCUAUAGAUGUCGUUCGUGUAGAUGAACCAACAACAGAAUUAGUGGAUGAGUACCAUGCAAAAUUUACGAAAGCUUUAAUUGAAUUAUUUGAGACUGAAAAAUAUAAAUAUGCAGAUAAUCCUGAAAAAACUAAACUCAUUAUUAUUUGAAAUGAAAUUGUAUUAAUUUUCUUUAUAUA